CCUGUUAUGCUCGUCAGUACUCUGGAUGGCAUUGUCACCGCGUUGGAUGUCGAAAAUUUCGGCAUAACGUUAUGGGCGAUGUACACAAGCACCAGUCCAUUACUGCAGUCGACGCUUCACAACAUGGAGGUACGUUCAGGGGACAUCGCGUUUCGGUUGCUGCCGUCGCUGGAUGGAAAUUUUUACAUGUAUAACGAGGCGAUCACUCAGGGCAUACCGGUUAGCACGGACAACCUCCUCAGUCAUUCAAUUCGCCUCGGUCCGGACCUAAUCGUCGGCGGAAAGGAAAUUAUUUCCUAUGGCAUCGACUACAUCACUGGCCAAGUACACGAUGCAUUUUUAUGUUCUCAGUACAUGAAUUUCAAUAAUGCACAAUGGAAUGUGACCGUUGGCGAAAACCAAGUGCUGCUGUCGUCCGGUGAAGAAGCGCAGUGUGGCAAGGACGAGUGCUACGGUGACGAUGACGGACUGCCAUCGUGUCACAUUGGAGUAAAGCUGGUUCCUCCGGACGGCGUUGUUUAUUUUUACGAUAAACGAGUACCUUCGCAGAUCCUGUGGCAGCGCAAAGUAACUAGCCGUUGUUUUGUUUCGUCAUAUGAUUUCCAAUAUGUACUCGACCGAUCCUUUAUACACAAAAUGAGAGAGAAUACCAAAACUUAACU